AUGUAUACUUUUAGCUGCUUCGCCUCUCUGCUGUGCAGGGCUCAGCAACGGUUAGUGGUUGACCAAGCUCCGGACUAUGUAUCCCCCUUGCCUCUAUCUAGAGAAGGCUCUCUGGCAUCAUCUUCCACCUCCUUGCUGAGCUAUCGCCAGCUUACAGGGGACGUCACGGUAGGUCUCGGCGAGAACUCAGAGCUGGACGGCUCAGGCUCAGGCUCCACUUCGUCUCCGUCUGAAGACUCGCUCGCAUUUGACCAAACCCAGAUCGGCGUCUCUCAAUGGCUUAGAGAGGUCGAGGCCGCAACAGGUGCUCUUAGAGCCCGCAACCCGGAUCCAGCCUCGGCCUCACCCAGUCAGGGCUUGCCUUCUAGUAGUCAUGAUGGGAACCAGUCUAGAUGGUCUCAUUCUACAGACUCCCUUGCCCAUGAGGGCCCGCCCAAUGACCUUUCUUUCUGGGACCGAGAGACCGAAUCCGAAGCAGGCAGCCCGCCACCCGAGCCAACCAGCCAGAGCAUCUCUUCUAGUGGUGAGUCGACGCAUGGAGAAGCUUCUGGGAAUCUGGGUGGUGAUGAUACAAGGGAGCCUCCCCAGGUUGACUGGGUCACUUUCGGCUUAUUGGUGAGCAGGGACGAUGGUACUCUUGCCAGGCUGCGUAGAGAUGGGAACCCCGACUUCCACCUGCCUACCCCUGCUACGUUGUCGAGCCGUAGAGCUACCUGGCAUGGGGAUGAGACUGGAACGGCUCGAGCUGUUGAAGUGUAUGAAUUUAGCCCAGGUGAUGCCACAAUUGUCCAAGUUGGUGCAAGCUCAGGGGCCGGUGAAGUUCCUGUUAGGAACGACCCCAAGCGCCAGGGUGGAGUUUGGGAUGUCAAGUUUUGA